AUGGACAAGACGCAAUACCAUGCCGUCUACUCGGGCAUUCCAAACAUCUCUCUUUCAAGGCGGCUAAUACAACUGCGCAUGGGUGGUCGUACAAGCGAGAUCCUCCUCGCUUUCUUCCUCAUGACGAUACCAAUGUCCCUCUUUUCCGCGUUACUUCUCGGCCUCGUCUUCUACUACCAGGUAGAUUCAACUGACUACUCGGUCCCCGAACUUCGGCUUGGGAGCUCUACCGCAGAGCAAAAUGUGAUUUACGUCGAUAUCAGCGCGACGACGCUCACAACCGUCGCAUCGUGGUCAUCUACCGUCGCUCCUAUCUUGGUGGGAAGUGCUAUUACUUUGAUCUCGUAUCCGGUCUCGGAGCAGAUCCUGAAAGCCGGGGAGAGGGGCAGCACACAGGAGUUGCCGACGCCAUGGCAGUUGGGAUUGAUGCUUAAGAUGAUCGCGAGUGGUGGCCCGAUGGCACUCUGGAACUGGCUGCAGUAUGCUUGGGGCUGGAGGGGAAAGAAGGAGAUGCAGGGAAAGCCGAUGAAGCUGAUGACUGUGAUUCUGGUCCUUGCAUUGGCUCUUAGUACUCUGGUGUUCGCAGCGGAUACUUGGUUUCACUUCACAACCAAAUCCGUCAAUCUGAGCCAAGUCUAUCCGGUAACCAACAGCCACAACACCAGCGUCGGCCUACUUCCCGCGUGCUAUAAUGUCAAUAGGACUUUCCAAGGAGGCUGUACAUUGAACAGUGCCGCAACAGCACAGUUUCUUAUCAACGGAGCCCAGGCCCAGGAAGUGGUGUCAAACUUGUCAGCGACAAUGCGCAUCAACACUUUGAAUUCCGGCUCGGGUGUGUUCACCUACGUCGGCACUCCUCCGAGAGCCGCUCUAGCAUCCGUAGACUACAAGUCCCACUCCUGGUCUCUGAAGACGCAGUGCGCGCCCAUAACCACUAAAUGUAUCGACCCCGAGAACAUAUACGGCGCAGGCUUCUCCUACAAAUGCCCGUUCGCUAUGGAAGGGCGUCUAUCCACCGACUCCAACACCGGCUUCCAGAACCAGUUCAAGAUGACCUACUUCACCAACUCCUCUGCGGCCUCCAACUACACCGGAGCCACCGACCUGGCCAACCCGUACUACUUCGCGGCCAUCGGCGUGGUGAAUCAGAACCUCGGACACGGCCCGGUCCUCUCAGCGGAUGCCGAAAUCCUGCGCACGACGCACGGCGCGGACCUCUUCGUCGUCUUCUGCAACACGAGCGUCUACGACGUAGCCUACGUCUCCCUCAACGGGACCGUGACGAGCUUCGACACGACCCCGGCCAACCGCACGCUCACCAACAUCGUGCAGGGCUCGCAGCAGUACACGCGCGUCGGGGACCCGAGCCUCGUCCAGGGCGCCUCGAUCGCGGCCUCUGUGAGCACCACCGCGCAGGGCGUCGCGGAUCACUUUGCCUUGACGUACAGCCAGGCCGCGCUGGGCGUCGCGUCCGCGGCCUUCGUCGCGCAGCCGGCCGUCGCUUCCCAGACGCGGAUCACGAUGCUGGUGGCGAGGGUACCGGUGGCGCCCCUGACGUGCCUCCUGCUUGCUAACCUCUCGCUGGCGCUUCUGGGUAUCGUGUUGGUGGUGCUGGCUGGCCUGGCGGUGAGAGGAGGCGAGGCGGGAGAGGUGCAGGCGCGGCUGAGCGUUGCUGGGCUUGUGGCGGCCCACUUUGAGGGUCGGAGGGCUGGGAGGGCCGUUGACAAGGUCGAGGAUCUCUUUUGA